GUUGAGUUUGUGGCGUUUUCUGAAGCAGGGCAGUUUGUAUUUGUGGAUUUCGGAGCAGCUCUUUCAGAUAUGUCCCAUACUAUUCUUCUUGUUCAGCCCACCAAGAGACCAGAAGGAAGGACGUAUGCUGAUUAUGAAUCUGUUAAUGAGUGCAUGGAAGGAGUGUGUAAAAUGUAUGAAGAGCACCUAAAGCGAAUGAAUCCUAACAGUCCAUCAAUCACAUAUGACAUUAGUCAGCUGUUUGAUUUCAUCGAUGACCUGGCAGACCUCAGCUGCUUGGUGUACCGAGCUGACACACAGACGUAUCAACCCAACAACAAAGACUGGAUCAAAGAAAAAAUUUAUAUAUUGCUGCGCCGCCAAGCUCAGCAGGCUGGGAAAUAAAAUUCCCCAAAUGUGCUGAUCAAGAGCUUUUACUUUUCAGGAAUUUGGCAGGGAAGUUGCUCACUUUAAAGGGGAAACAAUUUCUAAGGACAUAAGAGACCAAGGCCAGACGAUUAGAUAAAUAAUUCUCAAUUCCAGUCCUGGGUGAUCGCUAUGAAUUCAUUAAGGCUGUUGGAAUAAAAUUACUACUGGAGUUUAACACCAACCCGAAACUAAUAUGCAGAUGAUAUUAAAGACCAUCACUAGCUGAACCAGUAAGACUUAAGUGUUUGGAUUGAGCUCCACAGGCCAGUAUACUGUAUGUAUAGAAUUAACUCUACAGUUCUGUGAUGCAGAAAACUGAAAUAAUUGUGAAGCAGUGUGAUUUGGAACUACUUUUUAUUUUUGUGUACUAUUUUUUUUUAUUUUAAUUUUUUAUUUCAAGUCCCUUUUCCUGCUUGCCUUAGGCUGACAUUUUAUGAGGCAAUGUCUCUUUACAAAUUUUCCUCUUCUGUAAUAAAAUGCUUUUUUGUUUAAUCUGUGUUUCAGUAUUUUUUAUAUGUAUAGUUAUAACCAGCUGAUUGUUACAGUAUAAUCAUGUUUACGCUUAUAUAAAUUGACGAGACUUGGCACUGAUCUCUUACCCAGGAUAAAUAUGAGGCUGAUACCAACAAAAAAAAAAAGGUGGAUUGGAUAUUGGACAAAAAUUCAUUCCAAUCCUUUAACAAAUGGAAAAGAUUGGAAAUGGAUUUGGAGAAGUGCUUGUUUGUUGUUGCUUUUUUUUUUUUUUACUGAAAAUGUUUAUGUAUAAAGAAAGAUGAUUUUGUAUUUUUUGUUACUUCAUAAUGUAUUAUAUUUGCCAUGUAAGUAAACAAGCUUAAUUGAAUAAAAAGCUUUGCAUGUU